AUGGCCAUCUUACCAGCGCGGAAGGCGGUUGCGGUCUCUGUCAAGGCUGGACAGGAAUUGAAGGUAGUCAACACGUAUGGCAAGCAAGUGGUAGACUUCUGGGCUUUCAACCCCAACGACCCAAAUGACUUCCUGUCGAUGGUUCAUACCAGAACCAUCUUGCUCAAGGUGGCUCUUUCAAAGGGCGACAACUUGUACAGCACUCGAAGGAAGCCCAUGCUCGUUUUGACCGAGGACACGACCAAGGGCGUUCACGACAUCAUCUGGUCAGCCUGCGACGCCGAGAGGUAUCGCAUGCAAGGCUUCGACGGGUAUCAUGAUAACUGCACCGACAACAUGCACAAAGCCUUGAAGGACAAUUUUCCAGGCUUCCACAUCGCAGAUGACUGGGUGCCUGAUCCAUUGAAUCUGUUCAUGAACGUCGCCAUUGACCACCGUGGAGGAUUGGAUAUCAAGACUCCAACCUCGGAGCGCGGCCAGUUCGUUACUUUGCAGGCUCAGACGGACCUCAUCAUCGUCAUGAGCGCUUGCCCUCAAGACCUGGCACCAGUCAACGGGGGCAUGCCAACAGACUGCGAAUAUUUCGUCUCAGACGCGGGGAGCCUGGCUCAAAUCCCACUAACAGUGGCACCACCACGUCGCCGCCGCGUCAAGGUCGCGUUGUCAUUUGACUUCGAUGCCGUGUCACAUUGGCUCGGAACUGGGUGCCACAAGGAUAACAACAUGGCCGAUUACUCAUCCGGUAUCUUCGCCGGUCAGGUCGGUGCCAUCCGCCUCCUGGACAUGCUCAAAAGAUGCGGCAUUGCGGACAAGGUGACGUGGUUCAUCCCAGGCCACACGGUCGAAACGUUUCCCCACGCUGUCAAACAGGUUGUCGAGUCAGGGGCGGAGAUCGGCCUCCACGGCUACUCACACGAAGGGAUAUACCAGAUGACCGAGGAGCAAGAGCGAGACGUCCUCCUCAAAUGCAUAGAAGUGGCGACGAAGCUGUGCGGCAAGAAGCCCCGAGGGUAUCGGGCCCCGAUGUACACGAUCAGGGAGACGACGGUCAAAUUGCUGCGACAGCACGAGUUUCUUUACGACACGUCGCUCAUGCACCACGACUCGCAGCCAUAUUUCACGCCGAGCGACCCGCCUAUCAAGGCCAUCGACUUCUCCCAACCAGCCUCGUCGUGGCUGCACCCGACGGAGAUCUCGCCGCAGACGUACCCUGUGGGGCAACACCCGCUGGUCGAAAUCCCCUGCGGCUGGUACAACGAGGACAUGAUGCCGCUGCAGUACCUGCCGCACCUGGCCAACAGCAUGGGCUACGUGUCGACGCGGGUCGUGGAGCAGAUGUGGAAAGACAAGUUCCUGUGGCUGUGGGACCACUCCAACGAGGGCACCGAGGACACCGACUUUGUCUUCCCGAUCCUCAUGCACCCGGACACGUCGGGGCUCGCGCACAUCAUUGGCAUGUCGGAGCGCUUCAUCACGUGGUUGAAGGGGUUCGGCGACAGCGUGACCUUCUCGAAGCACGAGGACAUUGCCCGUGGGUGGUUGGCCGAGCAGAAGCAGAGACAGGGGCUGGCUUGA